GUGGUGGCGGUGUGUGUAGUCGCUGGGGUUGCUGUACACCGUGUAUUCGGUAAUGCGGCGCUUCAGGGCGGAGGGAGAACCGGAGCCGUGGAUCGAGCAGCUCGUGCAGAGUUACAGCACAGAGCAGGAGCGCGAGCUCAGCGUCAGGGCGCAUGUAGUCGGGGUGAGCGAGUUGACAGAGUCUCAGCGUACGGAUGAUAGUGACGCCUGCAUGCUGUUCCUGUCCGAUGGGACGGUGUUCAUCCCCGCGGUGCUCAGCGCCGCCGCCUGGGAGCGCAUGCAGGAGUUGGAGGAGAGAGACACGUUCUCCAGUCUGGACAACACCACGGUGUCGGUGCGAAAAUUCCAGCUGAACUUCCACAUGGAUCCGGAGCUGACGACCUGUCAGUUUUAUAUCACCGUUCAUCAGAUUGUCAGUGUGGGUCGAGUCAGUCGACAUCCCCGCCCCCCGAGCUGUACGAUGCUGCCAUCAGUCAGGCAACAAAUCCUGAAGACAUGGCGAUCCCUGAUGAAGGAGAAUUCGGUCACUUCUUUGGCCUCACAGUCACAGUCAGCAUUCCCACUUUCCUGUCUAAUGGGGGCGUGGCACAAUGACAUCAUUAUGGACCUCCUGAACGAUGCAAUCAAGAAAAUAGGCACACCCACAGAGGGUCACCUGCGAACAGCCACGCCCACCCACUGGCACAGAGAGAGACUUCGCUGCAGGGAUGAGCCGUGUUUCAGCACUCCUGUGUCUCAUCUCCUCAUCCCAGAGGAGCAGAGGGAGAUGUUGACAGCUGAUCCCGGUGUAUCGGGUUCGAGCGAAACUCCGAGCGGCCUUGUGCUUCCUGAAACGAUAGAGCGUCCAAUCACUGUGCAGGAUCGGGCCGGAGACUCGCCCUCCGUGGCUUCAGAUAGGCCGUUAGAUGCGCGUCAGCUCACGCUGAACAACACGAGAGCAGAGGUCUGGUGUGUUACAGGAGGAGGGGAGAGCGGGGAGCGAGAGAGCCCCUGGGAUAUGUUCUGUCCUGCUGCUGACCUGCUCGUUACCCCCUCAUCUGCUUCAGAGAGCAGUCUGGAGUCUCUCUCACAGACGGACAAUCGCUCACUGCUCGCCAUCGGCGGCUCGGCCGAGGAGUCCACAAUCGUCGUGCCUCCGUUUCAGAGACCACCCCCGUCUCCACAUAGCCCCGCCCACCCGAGUGACCCGACAAUUACAGACCUGCAAGAGAAGCCACAAACACCUCCGAGUCCCUUAACAUCGAGUGAACAGGCUGCGAUCAUGGGGGUGGAAGAACAAUUCCCAAUAGACACCUCCCAAAAAACACCCCACCCCCACCAGGUGUCACACACCCCACCCACCAAAAAGAGACACGUCCACUCAGACGGCAGCAGUUUCUCUUACACGUAUGAACCGUGUCCGAUCAUCGCCUCAGCUCUCAGUCAAUACAAGGUCCCAGAGCAGGUGGUGCAGUGGGCGGCGGCUUACCUGGGGACUCCUCAGCAAACGCUUAUUGUCAGCAGUGGAGUGGAGCUGAAAGAGGUUGCAGUGAAGAAGUGAUUCUUUUUCAUGUCUUUAUCUCUUCUGUAAAUAGUGUGUGUGUGUGUGUGUGAUCAUAAUAAACUUAUUA